ACCGAACGACAGAAACAAAAUAAGAAAGAAACAUGCAAACACACACCCAAGUGUGUCGGUAAAUCAAUCAUAAAACAUAUUCAUAAAAUAGAUAUUAUCACAAUGAGACAACUGAAAGAGAUGAAAGCUUGGCAAUGUGAGUCGAAAGGAGAAAGAGCCAUCAGUAUCGAAUGUUUGACCAUCAACCGCUUUUGGUCCAUCUUUAAAUAAUACCAAUUAAUGCUCUUAUCGUUGGAAUGUUAACAGAGCAGAACAGCUUCUUCCUUAUCUGACGAGAGUCAAAUACUUUCUAUUAGUGUGCGUGUUUCGUCUCGUGAGAAGUAACCAAACGUUUGCUACCUCAACUACCUCGUCGAAAUUGAAGUGAAAAUGGACACUUUUGUGGAAAACUUUCACCUCAAGGAGUGCGUGGAACGGAUGGAGUAUUUACCCCUCGGGCGGACGGGCCUGAAGGUGUCCAAGGUAUCGUUCGGCACCGGGACAUUCAGUCAACUUUACGGCGAUCUCGACGAAGCGAAAGCACUGGAAGCGGUCAAGCAUGCGGUCCAGCGGGGCAUCAACUACAUCGACACCGCCCCCUACUACGGCCAGGGACGGUCGGAGGAGGUACUGGGACGGGCGCUACGCGCCAUCCCUCGCGAAGCUUACUACGUGGCCACAAAAGUGAGCCGUUACGAGCGCGAGUACGACGGAAUGUUCGACUACAGUGCGCAAAAGACACGCCAGAGUGUCGAGCGAAGCUUGCAACUGCUCGGACUCGACUACCUCGAUGUGGUGCAGAUCCACGACGUCGAGUUUGCGCCCAACCUGGACAUUGUGCUGAACGAAACGCUGCCGACGCUGGAAGCGCUGCGGGCGGAAGGAAAGCUACGCUUCAUUGGCGUUUCGGCCUACCCGCUCGGUGUGUUGCGGGAAAUCAUAACGAAAGCGCCGGGCCGCUUCGAUACGGUACUGUGCUACUGUCGCAACACGCUGUUCGAUGAUUCGCUGGAGGAGUACAUUCCCUUCUUUCGGGAGCAUAAGAUGGGCCUAAUCUGCGCUUCCGGCCACGGGAUGGGGCUGCUAACGAACGGUGGCCCACAGCCGUGGCAUCCGGCCGAUCGGCAGCUGAGGGAGGUGUGUGCGGAAGCGGCAGCGUACUGCAAACGGGAGGGCGUGGAGCUGGGCAAGCUGGCGAUGCACCAUGCGCUACAAAUGCCCGGUCCGGCAACGUUUCUGGCCGGCAUGCAGACGCCCGAGCUGGUGCAGCUCAAUCUGGACGCUUACUUCGAAGGGCUGUCAGAGAAGGAGGCGGACGUUUUGAGCUAUUUGAAGGAGCGAAUUUUCCCAAAGGUGGAGAACAAACACUGGGAAGGCGUUGAGCUGCAGCAAUACCGAGCCGCCAUGAAGCAAGCGCAACUGUAGCCGAACAUAUGAACUCCCCUCCCCCCAUCCAAGUCGGCUACGACGGCUGGAGUGAUGAUUAUCAGCAACGGGCUUUUUUUUCUAUUUCCUUUCAAAUAAACGUCAAAUCGUGCACACCGCAUGGAAAAGGGA